UCAGGGCGAUUUAAGCGGAGCGCAUUCCUGCACAGCGCGCACACCGGAGGACGAGCAGCACAGACCGCAACGCCUCGCCGGGGCUGGGAGCUCACCUAAAAACCUCAAAUUGGAGGUGUAGGAAGUGCUGGGUGUCGCCCGAACAUAGCGGUUACAUGUGCAGCAGCCUCGGCUGAGGGUUACAGUGUGUGUUCGAGGACUGUGCGCCGCGAUGUCGGAGUUUCUGGUGAGUCUACUCGGGGAGCGGCUCGUCAACAGCGAGAAAGCCGAGGUGGACGUGCAGUCUCUGGGCUCCAGGCUCUCCCUGGUCGGGCUCUUCUUCGGGUGCAGCCUGAACGCUCCGUGCAAGCAGUUCAACGGCAGCCUGUGCGAGUUUUACAGCAGGUUCAAAAAGACGUCCGAGCACAAGGACAAAUUGGAAAUCGUCUUCAUCUCGUCUGAUCAGGACCAGAAACACUGGCAAGACUUUUUGCAGGAGAUGCCAUGGCCUGCGUUACCUUUCAAAGACAGACACAAAAAGAUGAAGCUGUGGAACAAGUACAAGGUAACCAGUAUCCCAUCUCUGGUGUUUGUGGAUGCAGCUACGGGGAAGAUUGUGUGUCGAAACGGUCUACUGGUGGUCAGAGAUGACCCCAAAGGCCUGGAGUUCCCCUGGGGGCCGAAGCCGUUUGCCGAGGUGGUGGCAGGGCCUCUGCUGAGGCACAACAGGCAGACAACAGACAGCAGCUCUCUGGAGGGACACUACGUGGGAGUGUAUUUCUCAGCACACUGGUGCCCACCGUGCCGCAGCUUGACCAGAGUCUUGGUUGAAUCGUAUCGAACCGUCAAAGAGUCGGGUCAGAAGUUUGAGAUCGUGUUCGUCAGCGCUGACAGGUCGGAGGAGUCCUUUCAGCAGUACUUCAGCGAGAUGCCUUGGUUGGCGGUGCCGUAUUCAGAUGAGGCUCGGCGGUCACGACUCAACAGACUCUAUGGGAUACAAGGUAUCCCCACGCUGAUCCUGUUGGACGCCGAGGGCCACGUGAUCACGAAACAGGGCCGGGUGGAGGUGCUGAACGACCCCGAGUGCCGGCUCUUUCCCUGGCACCCUCGGCCCGUGCUGGAGCUCAGCGAGUCCAACGCGGUGCAGCUCCACGAGGGGCCCUGCCUCGUCCUGUUUGUGGACGCCGAGGAGGAAGGUGAACUGGAGCCAGCCAAGGAGUUGAUCCAACCAAUAGCAGAGAAGCUCAUGGCCAAGUACAAAGCCAAGGAGGAGGAGACGCCGCUGCUCUUCUUUGUGGCUGGAGAGGACGACAUGAGCGACUCCCUCCGAGACUACACCAACCUCCCCGAAGCCGCGCCUCUGCUCACCAUCCUGGACAUGUCGGCCCGGGCCAAGUACGUCCGCGACGUGGAGGAGAUCACGCCGGCCGUGGUGGAUCAAUUUGUCGGCGACUUUCUGGCCGAAAAGCUCAAACCAGAGCCCAUCUGAAGAGAAAGUAUGAACUGGACAUCCUGUAUGGGACUCAACUCCAUCAUCAAAACCCAGACCUACUGCUACACCCCUCCACCGUCCCCAGCCCCCUCCACUGUCUCUCUAACUCUUUCUCUCCCACCUCCCCUCCUGACUGUUAGACAUGUGUCUCACUUUUUACUGAUCUUUUUAACAUUUUUUUUUUUUUUUAGACAUGUUCCUCUUUUCAUGGAGUCCUCGCUUUCUCCUGUGGUGCCUUGCAUUGACUAUAGUCCAUACAGUAAUAUAUAUGGAGAUUCUGUUGUUGUUAUUUUUCUUUUUUUGGCCUCAAGAUUUUUUUUGUUUUUUUUUCACACAAUAGCUUUUCUGAAUUCUAGAGAAAACCAGAGAAUUUACCCAGUGGACCUACUUAAUCAGCUUGUUCUUUGCUUUCUGUUUUUGUCUGCGAGAUCACUUUCGGUUUCUGAAUGACGCGUUUUUACUGUUGUAAUUCACACGUAGAUGUGCAGAUGUGCUGAUGGAUGUAGCUGUAAAGCCUUUACGGCCGUAUUUAAAUAAAAAAAAAAAAGUAACAGUAUGACAGGUGCACAUUACAGUAAAGAGCACGUGAUACCAAUGACCGAUGUCCGAAAGAACCCGCCCCCGUGUCUUGUUGUGUGUGUCAUGAUGUGAGUGAAAGUCAUCUCUAGCCAGCUGUCAAUGGUGGUUCUCAUCUCAAAGUCAUUAUGAGGAUUUUCUGUGAAGGUCCCCUAAUGAAAAAGGCCAGGUUAUUUCUGGAGGCACAAAAAAAAAAAAAAGAAA